CUUACUGAUUGCUUGGUAUGGUGAGGUCGUACGGUCACGCAUGCAUCUCACGGACGAGGAGUCGCAUAAUUCCCGACUUGUUGUUUUCGUACACGAAUUCGAGGCCAUCGAUGCGCAAGUCAUGUCAGACAUGUGGGAGGUUUGCUCAAUGCAUGUAUCGGAGUUGCCGUUUGUUUUUGUAUUAUGUCUAUCUGUUCCACCGCCGGACGCAGGUGUCACCAGCAUAGCAAUGUCCUUACAAGACACGUCGAUCCUGACGACGCCAUGGUACCUGUCGAGACACUAUCCUCGAUCUGCCCUCGCACUCCUGCGCGUGCGCACGUUCACUGUUCCAAGUGGCCAACCAAUCACCGAGGACAUUGUACUGAAGACGUUCUACGAUCCAGCUUUCGCUCCUACACUUACGCCCGGCUCAGGAGUGCUAGACUCCAUUCUCGAGCACAUCUCGCGAACCGACUCCGGUUGGGUAACGGCUUCAACAGGCUUUCAGCUUGCACACAUGAAGCACUUUGAAGUCGAACCACUCAGCUUUUUUGCGCUUGGCAUGUUUGAGGGGAAACCGCUACGGCAGUGUAUCGAAGACAUGUUGUCCACGGGCGUACACUCGCACACCUUGGAGGAGAUGCUUCGCACCCUCAGGGAGCGUCUGUCAGCAUCGACUAGUCGCGAGGUCAUUUCAAACUCGGAGAGUCGACGGCGUGCUGAGGUUGUUGCUAUGAAGGGCGUGGAAGACCUUGCAAGCCUUCUCGACGCUGUUGACGAAGCACGGCGCACCUUCCAUACGCGAGCUCGAUCAUUCAAGAUGGCAUUCCAGCUCUUGCUCCGUGUCCGGGAGUGGAUGCUUGCGCAUGGGUAUCGGAGUGCCGAUCCUGCUGCCUCGCAGGCACAGGCAAACAGUGAUGAACAUGGGGCUCCUGUCCUCAAACUUUUGCUAAGGAUUACGAAAGGAGAGGCAAGUAGAGACAUCCGGUGGUUGGGUAUGAUGAUCAAAAAAUUGUCCGCUGUGCAAACUCAUUCAUUGCUGAGCAGCCUUCGAGAACUCGAGGAGGUUGUCUCUCCCGAUUCUUCCGACGUCGGAUGGGCACAGACGCGCAUAGCAACGUACCUGGAGAAUCUAUCCAAGUUACUCGCAACACAAUCCGAAGGAUUCAACAAUGGGGGGGAGCAUAAUCCUUUCGUUGGAGAAGGAGAGUCGUCUCAUGCUUGCCAAACAUCCAGGGAGUUCGGAGAAUGGUUCGUCGAGUGGGCGCAGGAACAGCUGACUCCGCUGGAUAAGUGUACGCUGUGGGAAAUAUGGUAUACGGGCUCUGCACCCUUCCCCGUUGAAAUGCUCAAUCCAGCACCCCGGAAAGCCGUCGUCUCUGCACUAUAUCACCCGGUUGGGUAUAUCGGGAUUGCCCAGCAGCCUGAUGCGCCAUCAGAUGUUGCAAAACACAACAAAAAUGUUCGAAUCUGGGAGCUACCGGACACCAGUAUUCUCUUCAGAGGGUACCUUGAAGCCGGCAGGAUGAUCAAUGUGUACGAUUGGUACGAAUCGUUCGCCGUCGUCCUGGAGCAACAAAGAGACAUGCAAAUACGGUUAGUGGAGGUACAGCAGUGUACUGAUCGGGGCGCUGGUAGUCGUAGGUCCAUCCGCAAGGGAAAGAUGAGCACAGCUGGUCGACGAUCACGCGAUGAUGGCGGCCAAAUCAGCGCUCGUCACAAGGAGGAGAUGGAGGAGGAGAUAUGGAAGAUGGAGAUUCGGGCGCGUUUCAUGCGCGCGUUGCAUGAACUGGACCGCCUCGGCCUAAUCAAGCACACUGGGCGCAAGGCUGAUCAUGUCAUUAAAACGGUAUACGACCAACUGGAGUAGUAUAUACAUAUCAGAGAACGGAGCGGCUCGACGCGACUGCGCUUUAGCAGGACUUGCUUCCGAAGUAAACGGAAGACGGGAUGAAGCCUCUUCCGCUCGU